GAGUAGCUCAGCGAGCAGCAGCAAGCGAGGGAGAGAGAGAGAGAGCGUCGGCCAUCUUGCAGACUGCGUGCGCGUGUGGAGAGGACUAUCGUCGUCGGCGGCGAUCCCCUGCUACUUUUCGCGCGAGUAGCUCUGUGUUUAGUAGCGAGGAAUUGUCUGCUGCUCUCGACCCGCAGUAGGGCGUGCGAAGGAAGAAGCUGUUGCUGCUGGAUACUUGCGGAGGGACGCGCGACAGGAAGGAAGGCCUCCUUCAUGCGGCGGCGGGCUGCUCCAGUCUCGAUAUCCUCCUCCUCCUCCUCCUCGCUGCUGCGUAUCGGCGGCCUGUAGACUAGAGUCUUUUCGACAUCGAAGCGCGCAUCACCAGACUGCAAAAUGGCUAGUGAAGCAGCACCUCAGCGAGAAAUCGCUGCUGAGGAUAGCAUCAAAGUAGUAUGUCGUUUUCGACCACUCAAUGACUCAGAAGAAAAAGCUGGGUCAAAGUUUGUUGUCAAGUUUCCAUCUGGUGGUGAUGAAAACUGCAUUUCUAUUGGUGGAAAAGUGUAUCUUUUUGACAAAGUAUUUAAACCAAAUGCAACACAAGAUAAAGUUUACAAUGAAGCGGCUAAAUCCAUUGUCACCGACGUUCUUGCCGGCUACAAUGGAACCAUAUUUGCCUAUGGACAGACUUCUUCGGGUAAAACCCAUACAAUGGAGGGAGUCAUUGGAGAUCCACACAAACAGGGAAUCAUCCCCCGAAUCGUUAACGAUAUUUUCAAUCACAUUUACGGCAUGGAGGAGAACUUGGAGUUUCACAUUAAAGUAUCGUAUUUUGAAAUCUACAUGGAUAAGAUCCGAGACUUACUCGAUGUUUCUAAGGUCAACCUGAGUGUUCACGAAGACAAAAACCGCGUGCCCUUCGUGAAGGGCGCGACGGAGCGCUUUGUAUCCAGUCCCGAAGAGGUAUUUGAAGUCAUCGAAGAAGGCAAGUCAAAUCGUCACAUUGCGGUGACAAACAUGAACGAGCACAGUUCGCGUUCGCAUUCCGUCUUCCUCAUAAACGUAAAGCAGGAGAACCUGGAAAACCAGAAGAAGCUAUCGGGUAAGCUUUACCUGGUCGAUUUGGCCGGUUCGGAGAAGGUCUCAAAGACCGGAGCCGAAGGCACAGUGCUCGACGAAGCCAAGAACAUCAACAAAUCACUGUCAGCCCUCGGCAACGUCAUCUCGGCUCUUGCUGAUGGAAACAAGACGCACAUACCCUACAGAGACUCCAAGCUUACACGUAUUCUGCAGGAGUCGUUGGGAGGUAAUGCGAGAACGACCAUCAUCAUCUGUUGCUCGCCGGCUAGCUUCAACGAGUCCGAGACCAAGUCUACCCUUGAUUUCGGUAAGCGAGCCAAGACUAUCAAGAAUGUUGUCUGCGUGAACGAGGAGUUGACAGCCGAAGAAUGGAAGCGAAGGUACGAGCGUGAGAAGGAAAAGGCUGCCAGAUUACGCGGAAAAGUUGAGAAACUCGAAUCGGAGUUAUCGCGCUGGCGACAAGGCGAGACUGUCAAACCCGAAGAGCAGGUCAGCUUGCAGGAUGGUCCGGACGUCACCACACCCGUUGCACCUGUUGUCGAAGUCAAGCUGGACGACGGGCCAAUACCUGCGACUCCAGGUGGCGGUCUGAUGGCCGGAUCGCUGUCUAACGAAGAGCGCCAGAAGUUGGAAGAAGAACGCGAGCGCCUAUAUCAGCAACUUGAUGACAAAGACGAGGAGAUCAAUCAGCAAUCUCAGUUUGUAGAGAAGCUGAAGGAACAGAUGGAAGAGCAGGAAGAGCUGAUCGCGAGUGCACGACGCGACUACGAACAACUUCAGCAAGAAAUGAACAGGAUUCAGCAGGAGAACGAGAGCGCCAAGGAAGAGGUCAAGGAAGUGUUGCAGGCUCUGGAGGAACUUGCCGUCAAUUACGACCAAAAGUCGCAAGAGGUGGAGGUGAAGAACAUGGAGCACGAGGCGCUUACGGAGGAGCUGCUAGCGAAACAAGCCGCCCUCAAUUCCACGGCUUCGGAACUACAGCAGUUGCGUGACAUGUCAGCACACCAGCGCAAGCGCAUUGCUGAGAUGCUAACGAAUUUGCUGAAGGAUUUGGGCGAGAUUGGCGUAGCCAUCGGCGGUGACGAAAAUUUGAAAGUGCUGCCCGAUAGCAACGGCAAGCUCGAGGAGGAGUUCACGGUGGCUAGGUUGUACAUCAGUAAGAUGAAGUCCGAAGUCAAGAACCUCGUACAGCGAUGCCAGGGGCUGGAAUCUUCUCAAAGCGAUUGCAACAAGAAGGUAUCGGAGUACGAGAAAGAGCUAGGCGAGUGUCGUUUGUUGAUCUCUCAGCACGAGGCGCGUAUGCAGACACUGCAAGAAGCGAUGAAAGAGGCAGAUGCCCGCAAACGUGCCUUAGAGGAGGACGUGGACGCCAUGCGCGAGGAGUGUGCCAAGCUUAAGGCCGCCGAGCAGGUCCAAGCUGUUAGCAACAAGGAGAAGGCCGAAGAGAAGGAAGCUGCAACCAAGAUGAGACUCGCUCUUGAGGAGCAGAUGGAUCAGUUGAGAGAUGCGCAUCAGAAACAGGUCGCAACGUUGCGAGACGAAAUUUCCGAGAAGCAAGACAUGAUUAGCGAAUUAAAGGAUUUGAAUCAGAAAUUCACUCUGGCACAUCAGCAAAUGCAGGCUGAUUACGAACGACUGAAGCAAGAAGAGGCCGAUAAGUCUGUUAAACUACAGGAACUUUACCUAAUGAACGAGAGACGUGAACAGGCGAGAAAGGAUCUUAAGGGACUCGAGGACACCGUCUCCAAAGAACUGCAAACUCUGCACAACUUACGAAAACUGUUUGUGCAAGAUCUUCAGGCUAGGAUCAAGAAGUCAAUCAUUGCUGAGGACAAUGAGGACGACGGUGGCUCGCUCGCACAGCGGCAAAAGAUUUCGUUCUUGGAGAACAACCUUGAUCAGUUGACAAAGGUGCACAAGCAACUGGUGCGAGACAACGCCGAUUUGCGUUGUGAGCUACCUAAGCUGGAGAAGAGGCUUCGCGCAACAAUGGAGCGAGUUAAAGCUUUAGAGACAGCGCUGCGUGAUGCUAAGGAGGGUGCGAUGCGCGACCGCAAGCGUUACCAGUAUGAGGUCGAUAGAAUCAAGGAAGCCGUGCGACAGAAGAACUUGGCGCGCCGUGGGCCUAGCGCUCAAAUUGCCAAGCCCAUCAGGGCGGGACAACACCAUGUGGGCGGUGUAAACGCUAUCAGGACUGGGAACCGUGACGUGGACAUCAAUCCGCGCUCGUGAACGUGCACGAUCGCCGAAACAUAGACAAUGCCAAAACGAACUUGUCUUCACUCUUUUACAGAAAUCGAGCGCAAGAGUGCUUUUGCAAUGGACGAUAAGAAAAUAAUUCCAGAGAUGAAUCUUAUUUAUAAUUCGUAUUCAUAAACGAGAAAAGAAAUAUGAAAAACUAAACAAAGCUGCGACGCUCUAGAAAUGAUGAAGUUUAAGCGGAAGUACUAUUUACGCAAACCUAUUAUAAAUAUUAAUUAUUAUUAUUAAUGAUUACUAUUAUUAGUACUAUUAUGCAUUAUUAUUAGUACUAUGAUUAUUAAUUAUUAAUUACAUUAUAGCAAUUAUUACAUUAAGGUAACACAUUCACAACGAGCACCGGGUCGGUUAUACGUUAAUGUUAGUUGCAUUAUGCGCGCGUCGCGUUGUAUUUCUGUAAGGAGACUUGGAAAUGAGCGCGCGUGUGUUCACGUGCGAUCCAGGAGUCCUGUGCGUUACACGCUGUCGAAAAGCGCGCGACCGUGACGCACAGCGAGUGAGUGUACUACUGCUACAUGUCCUGUCGAUUUGUACAUAGUUCGUUUUUUGAUAAAUUAUUAUUCUUAACUUUUAUUUAAUUAAAGUAUAUGAUGAUGAUGAUGAUGAUGAUGAUGAUGAUGAUGAUAAUGAUGAUGAAAAAAAGGAAAAUAUUCAUAAGAAAGAAAAUCACGCAAUGUGCACGAAAUACAGGAGGUUUAAUCGAAAAAAAAAUUAAGAAAAAAUAUCGUAAUAUAGCUAAACUAUCAAAGCUGCAUUUCCGUUAAAGCUUUUACUCACAGCAAUCUUUGACACUUCUUCGAUCGCUUUGUUCUCAUACAUAGGUAUUAUAUAUGAAUCGCAUGUAAAUGUGUAUUCGUGUUCUUUCCUUCGAUAUAAAUAGAAGAUGCACAAGGCGCAAUGUUUAUACCUCGGCGAAGAAAAAUGAAAAAUUAAUGAAGUGAUCGAAGUUGCGUCGCUAGGUGUAUAAAAUCGAAUGUCAUGGUGUGAUAUACAGGUUUGAAAAGGCAGCUUUUUUAACGAUAAAAAAGGGAAAACGGUUGUCUGAGUCUAUUGGAGUCGACUAUAGCCUUGCCAGAAGAAAAUCGAAAAACACUCUCGUCAUUGUCGUCGUUUGGAGGGUUCGCUUGACGUCAUGGUCAAGUUUGGUAAACCCAUCCAUCGCCUCUUCUUUUUUCACAUAGACGAGGGACCUAAUAAUUACUGUUCUUCGAGGCAAGUGUCCUAAAGUCGACUGCAAAGGGUUCGGACGCGUGUAAAUGUGUGUAAUAAUGUCGACUUACCAGGUGAGGAUCAGUCGCUUUCGUCCACGGAGUUUUGAAGCGCACACGUCGUCGUUUACUGCUAUCGCGCGAGCGCUUAUUGACCCGCUUCAGUUCCUACACGACUUUGUUACGCGACCGCCUAAAACGUUGUAUUUCAAAUGCUAUGCGUUUCGGGACGAGAUUUUUUAAACCGUAUUACCUGUUUUUGUCCACGAUCGGGCGUCUUAUAGAAAAUCAUUUGUAAUAACUUUAAAUCCGCUUGUCACAAUUUAUAUAUAUAUAUAUGCCCGCGUCAGACGCUUUUCUGUACACAAUAUUAUAUGUACUAUGUAUAUGUAUUUACCGCAAGUCGGAUUCACCUGAAUUUGUCGUCGAAUUCACUUGUACUUCGUCCUAAUUGUGUGUGAGAGUAUAAUUUUCCAGAUUUCAAAGCGAUAAGUAGACGACUGAUCUUGCUACGAGAAAGCAUAUAUAAACUUUUCUGUAAAAAUGAGAUGAUUUUCACGAGAGAAAUGUAAGGAACUUCAGUGUAAAAUGUGCAAAUAAGCGGGGUAAAAGGGGAUUCGACGUCAGGUCCGGAUCGAUCGGGAUGCCGUCGCCGCCCCUUCUCUUUUCAAAUACGACUAGCUUUCGUCGGCAGAAGCUAUAGCCUUAUUUAUAAUUUAUUAUGGUAAAUAAAUUUCGAGCCACGUACUUGAAUGAUACGACGAGUAUAAAUAUAUUAUUACAAUUUAGCGAUCAAUGCGAAGGGAAAACGUCUGGAAUAAUGCAGUAGCCCCCAUCGUAUUACGAUAGACGGGUGGAAUUCACAGUAGAAUCAAUGUCAAUUUUGAAAUAUUUAUUUUUAUUCCAUAUUGUAACACUGCAAUGUGCUUAAUAAAUAUUUUGCAAGAAAUGAGAGCGUUGAUUCUCCAAAAAUGGAUUUUACUUCACCUUCAUACAUAAUAUUACGCCAUUCGCUUGUAUAUUUACUAAGUCAGCUUACUCUGUAUCUGUAAAAUGUUCAAAGAAAACAGUAUGCAGUAGUACAGUUAAUCGAAAGUUUGAAGAAGAACAAAAUAUUUAAGGGUACACGGCUACGUGUCUUGCAAACGUUAUAAAUAUUCCAAGAGCAGCGCAAGACGACCUCAGUAGACCCGGAGAUUCUUUUCCCUCUGUGCAGAAUAGCAAAUAAGCUCGCUUGCUGCUCUCAAAGAAGUUUCACCGUAGUUUAUUUUUCUGGCAAAACUCUUUUUAUUAUAAUACACGAGUUUUCGUUUGCCGCUUCGCUUCCCUCCGAACGCGAUCGAAGGCGAGCGCUGUAAAUGAUAAUGUGUCUUAUUACAAAAGCAAAAAGUGAUUCACGCCUUCGAUCGAUGCGCGUGUUACAUGAUGCGCAACAAUAGGCGAAAGAUAGGAGGCAUUUUUAAUUUAGAUUUUAAGUAUAGGCGUGGUAAUUGAUAAUCUCGAGAGGACAGCGUCCGAAGAGAAUAACGCAAAUCAUCCUGAAGAUGAUUGGAAAGCAGAAGUGAAAGGUCUCUCCGACUCCCUGAAGAUGUAGAUUCAGCUCGUAAUUUUCUUUCAUCGAUUUUCGGUUUCGACGACGCGUGCGGUUGAAUGAAAAAAACACUCUGUUUUUUAUGCUUAUAUAGCAACGUCUCUUCUUUGUGAUAAUAGCGCGCCCAUGCAAACCCGACUGUAAAAUUUGCACGUAUGUACACACCAACACGCGAGGACUUUAAUAACAUAUAGAAAAAAAAAUAAAUAAAAACACUCAAUAGGCAAUCGAAGCCUUGUUAAAAGCAUGCGUUUUCCCGGAAAGUUUGUCACGACAAACGCAAACGAAACAGUCGCCUAAUCGAUGCGUGAUCAAUAUACAAUAAUAACCGCGCACGCCUGCUUCUGUGAAACGAAGAACGAAAUGUCACGGCAGCCGCCUUAGCGAACUGUAACUUGCGUUAUUAUCAUGCAUUUCGCUCUUUCAAGACGCGUUGGCGAGAUCAUUGUUUUAUCUAUAGAUUGCCAGGGUAUCUGUUAUUAAAAGUAUAAACUCUGCGUAUCAACGAGUCGGUGUCUCAUUGAUGUCUAUUUAGAGUGUGCAAUGCGGUUGAGCUCGAGUUAAAGCUGACAAAGUCUGGGCGGAUAGUAGAUUUUUCAGAGAUUAAAUUUUCGGAGUCGUCGCUCGAUGUGACGUUGGCGCGAGGCAAUUCGCAGUAAUUGUGCAAUUAGACAGUGUAUAAGGUAGGCGGGUGGUGCAAUGGUGCAAUCUGUCACGAAGGUGCAAUCACGAUUUUUGUAUAUAAAACGAUCUUACACACUGUGUGUUUAUUUUGGAACUUUUUAUUUUUGUUCUCGAACGUAAGGAGAACGUGUGAUCUUAAAACUUCAUGUUGCAUUUUACGUUUCUAAACGAUUAUAUAAGACUAAUUUUGAGAAGAUUUUGAGAAGACUAUAUAACGAUGAGAUAUUUUCUAUACAACUUAAAUUUUAUAACGCUCUUAUAUCUGUACAAAUCUAGUUGAAAAAUAUGUCUGCACACACUUUCUCGAGGAUUGCCGAAGCUUCAACAAGUCGAGCAGAUCACGUUCUCUCGAAAAAUGUCUCAAUGAAGAAUCUCCUACUCGCCGAGACUUGCGGUAAUUUGACAGCGAGCUAUCUCUCCGCUGAUUUUUUCUUUCGAGAGUAAAGUUUGAGAGUGAGAGUGCUGAGAGAGAAAAAGAAUUGCGAUUAUUUUUCAUAAAUAAAAAGGAAUCACACAAAACACACACGCGAAACAUUCUAGAAAGUCAUAACACGCAUUGCUGAACUCGCUGUACUUAUAUCAGUGAAUAAAAGAUUGUGAUGUGAAAGGGUGAAGGAGGUUUCCUCUUAAUUUUGAAAUCGGCAUUUGUCGUUAUAAGUCUAAGCGUUGCUUUUGAUGGUGUAUUGAUUUACUAUUAUUAACCGUACAUGAUUAUUAUUAUUAUUAUUAUUAUUAUUAUUAAUGUAUAAUUGCGUUGAGAAGAGAAUACAUUUGAUUGCUUUGGAAUGAUGUUGAUGAGAACUUUUGUAAUGAAAUAAACCUCCUUCGAAGCUCGAAAAUGAAAUAAGAGAGAAUAUGAUGAAAAUCGAGUUAAGCGACGCUAUGAAUUAUCUAGGAUAUAGCUAUAUUUAGAUUGUACAUGCAGGGUGUAGAGAGGCUGUAGCUAUGGAGCGCUAUAAAUUGUAUUACUUACUACCAUUGAAUUAAAAAUUAAUUUACGACAAGAA